UUUCCACAAUCCUUUAUUUUGGCAAAUUCUGAAUAACAUUUGUCUGGGGUAAGUAUAUAGGUUAAUACUUUAUAAUGCAGGUUUCCAUCAGAGAGAGACGUAUUGUGGACUUUGCUUUAUGAAUAAGUAAAUAAUCAGUUUUGUGGAACUACAAGUGAAAAACCUUCCCAAGGACAGUCUCUGGUGUCAGUGGUUAAAAGUCCCAACUGUACAGUGCAGAUACAGACAAUCUGAAAUACAGACAUGAGUUGUUUUGGCUGUAUGAUUUUUGGCCUACUAUGGAUAUGCUGUGCUCUCCAGAAGGUAUCCCAGCAGAGGCAAGUUGCAUAUGAGGACUUGGUCAAUCUACUUACUGAACCAGAGAUUCCAGCAAGUUGUGGUCCUCCACCUGUUAUUGGUAAUGCAUUGCUUCUAGCCAACCAAAGACAGGAAUUCUUAUCAGGUGAAACUGUGAUAUAUCAGUGCUACAGGCUGUAUGAAAUGGAGGGCACUCCAGUUGCAAGGUGUAAGAAUGGUCAUUGGAGAGGUGUGCCAAGAUGUGUUCAAACCUGUAGAGCUGAUAAAGCUGAUAUGGACCACAACAAUAUUCAACUGAGAUGGAUAACUAAGUCAACCUCCAUGACAGCGUCAGAUUAUUGGAUGGAGUUUGAGUGUAAAAUGGGAUUUCAUAAGCACCCAUUUUCAUCACCAUUUAUGAAACAAUGUGUAAAGGGACCAUGGGUGUACCCUAGAUGUGUUUAAUAGUGUGAGUAUUUCCUAGUUCAGCUAUAGAAAAUUCACACGUACUCAAAAGGUUAAUAACCUUAUCCUUGUAUGAUGGUGUGUAACUGCCUGAAUGUUUUAAAAAUCAGAAAGAAAAAAUGAUGUGGCAAAUUGUGAUGAUCCUUACCCUACCUGCUGCCAUCUCCUGCUAUUGGUGAUAAUUUGUGGGCUCUCUGGGCUUUGGAGAUCUCAGAGUUGAAACUUAAGUGACCUACAUUAGGAACUAACAGUCUUCCUUUCUUUAUCCUCUUCUCAGAAGCACAAUUACUGUUCAUGUCUCCUAUCUAAUCAGAGCUCCCCACACCUUCUUGAUAACUAAUGAUUUAUGGACCUGGAAUGACUUAAGAAGUUGUGUCCCAUCUGGAAGUCCCAUCUGAGGGAGGGAUCACAAUACAUCACUCUACCAAUCCACUUUUCCACUGUAGACUACUGUAAACUUACUUUAGAAUCCUAGAAUUGUGCAUAGGUCUGCAGUUCCCAAACUGAAAUGAAAACUGAAUGAUGAAAACUCCUUAAUCUCACAACACAUGGACAGACUGAACCAUAGUUUCAACUG